AUGACCCUAACUGCCGAUAGAAAUAAAGGCGGUACUUUGCGGAAAAGGUUAGCAUGCCAGUAUACGACCAGAUUGCACUGGACGUGCGCCGGCAAAACUGGCAGUACGAUAAGCUCCACCAUUAUCGUUUCUUAUUUCAAAGCCUUCCGGUAUGUAUGCGUCUCUUACUUUAACGCGCGACCUGUUAAGUUAAACGGACCAGGCAAAGUCGUCGGGAUUGAUGAGACCGUUUUGGCUUGCAGAAAAAAUAAUAAAGGAAAGCUUUUCCCACAUCAGUGGUGUUUUGGAGGGAUCGGGAUGGAUAGCAAUGAGUGCUUUAUUGUUGCAGUUGAGUACAGGGAUGCUGCUACCCUUGUGCCGCUUGUCCGGCAGUAUAUCCUUUCGGGUACUACUGUUAUGUCGGAUAAGUGGGCAGCUUAUGACGGCAGUCAAGACCUGCCUGAACGGUACCAGCAUCUUACGGUUAAUCAUAAGCUGCACUUUAUUGAUCCUCUCAGCGGUGCCUGCACAAACACCAUCGAGUCACUCUGGCAAAAAUUUAAAAAGGGGCAUAAGGAGCGGUAUGGGACUUUACGGACUCUGUUGGACAGAUGUCAUUCACAGUUCAUGUGGAAGAAGUUGUUUAAAGAGGACCCGCUCUACCAUCUAUGGUUUCAAAUUUCUGAAUUCUGUCUUGCCUCAGCUCUUCUUCAGGAUUCUUGGGGCUGGAGAAAGCUCUUUGAUUGCCAAUGCACUUUUCAACGCAGUCCAAUUUUUGCACAGUCUUUCUGA